AUGAGCAAAGUUCAUCUGCUCGAGCUGAAAAAAUCUAUGGGCAAGAAGUUAUCAUUGAAAUUCAAUGGUGGCAGGCACAUCCAUGGGCUACUUUGGGGAUUUGAUCCCUUUAUGAAUCUUGUGAUAGUUGGAAGUGUGGAGAUGGCAGCUAGUGGACAACAGAACAAGAGAAUGGUGGGAAUACAAGGCAAUAGGAGCAUCAUGUUAGAAGUCUUGGAGUGA